UUCUUCUUCUCUUUGCUUUGCUUUGCUUUAAAUCAUUUUUUUUAAAAAAAAACAAAGGAUAUUUCAACUUUACUCUUCUUUACUUAAUCGUGCACAAUAUGUCGCAAGACCUCUUUAGUGUCCCAAUUUUCUUUAUUAUUUUCAGAGAAACGACGGAGGCAUCUAUCAUUGUCUCUGUCCUUCUCUCAUUCUUGCAAAAGAUGUUUGAUAAAGACACGGCUAUUUACAAGCGUCUGAGAAAACACGUUUGGAUUGGCGCUGGCUCUGGUCUCUUUAUCUGUCUUUGCAUUGGUGCUGCAUUCAUCGCUGUCUGGUACACUGUCUUGAACGAUCUGUGGGGAAACUCUGAAUACAUCUGGGAAGGCGUCUUCUCUCUUAUCGCUACUCUCUUGAUUACCGCCAUGGGUCUGGCCAUGUUGAAGACCGAACGCAUGCAAGAAAAAUGGAAGGUCAAGCUUGCAUUGGCCCUGGAAAAGAACAAGGUCGAGAAGAGUACAUUCAAGGAAAAAAUGCAGCGCUAUUCGUUCUUUAUCUUGCCCUUUGUCACUGUGCUCAGAGAAGGUCUUGAAGCAAUUGUGUUCAUUGGUGGUGUCUCUUUGAGUAUUCCAGGUAAAUCUAUCCCAAUUGCCGCAAUCAUGGGUUUUCUCUGUGGCUGUCUCGUCGGUUUGAUUAUCUAUCGUGGUGGAUCUCUUCUCAAACUUCGCUGGUUUUUUAUCAUCUCUACUGUUAUCUUGUACCUUGUGGCUGCUGGUUUGAUGGCCAAGGCUGUCGGUUUCUUUGAACAGAACGCAUGGAACGGCAUUAUCGGUGGUGAAGUAGCCGAAGAAAGUGGCUCAGUAAUUGGCUACAGAGUCUCUACAUCUGUAUGGCACGUUUCCUGGGGAAAUCCUGAGCUUAUGACCGAUUCUAAUGGUGGAUGGCAAAUUUUUAACGCUAUUCUUGGAUGGAGUAAUGUCGCUACCUUGGGUACUAUUAUCAGUUACUGUCUUUACUGGGUGCUUGUUGCUGGUCUUCUGGUCCACUCUUACUAUAAGGAUAGACGUAACGCUAUCAGAAGAGCUUUGAGUGGCGAAUGGAGAAAUGGCGAUGAUGCUCUUGAAGGAGCCAAGAAAAUACUCGAUGCAAACGGUGAACUCAUUAUCAACACAUCCAGUGAAGGCAAUAGCGAAAAUGGAGUUAUUGUAGAAAAGAUUCCUCAACAAAACAAAGACAAAGUCUAAAAACCUAUUUAGCAUAUCUUACUCUUCUAUCUGUUAUUGUUUCUUCCUUUUACCCCACCUUCUUCUGUAACUACCUAUUUAUCAUUUAUCCUUUAUUCUCUCUUUAUUUCUGUCUUUUUUUUUUAAUUCGUAUAAUAUAUAUAAAAAAUACUGAUAAUCGAGCCAUCGAAUAAUUCACUUAUACACAUAUUAUAAUAAUAUAUUAUUAUUAUUAUUAAAAAAAAUACCUCUUUUCCUGUC